AUGGCCACACAGUCCCUAGAUCUCGUGUACGAGCUUCAGGUGGAGCUGGGCUGGUCACCACACUUUGCUGCGACUGCUCACUCAGAGUACAUGCGGUGGCUACGUCUCCGUACACAGUCGGGAGAUUUUGAAUACUGCAAGUUUCCUCCGAGCAGGGCCGUCGGUACCGUAUGGGGCCUUCAUCGCCAAUGGACUCAUGAUUACGAAAAGACCUGUUCGUCCCUCGGUGGCUUCGUUCAUCACUUCCCCCCGGCUAUGCGUAUGAACAUUGCCCGAGAGGAGGCGUACGCAGCGACUCUGCACACUUACAAGGCUUUGUUCGGGGAAGAUCCUCCGUCCUCUCACUGGGGCCCUGCGAUUUGCACCUACAAACCGCUCGCUUCGAAUGGAGUCACUAACAUGCUCCUUGCCUCCAAGGAUCCUCCUCGCGCGCUUCCGUCCUUGCGCCGCUCACCGACCAAACGCGACGCAUCCAACCACAGUGCCCCUAUUACACCCACGAAGGGCAAACGCGCUACUACCGAAGCGCGCCGCGCGACUUCGGCCAAGACCACUGGCAUUGGAAAUACUACGGAUCGGUCUCGCCCCUCCGUCGAAGGUGCAAGGGCCCAGCGCCGCAGCCCGAAAACCACUAAAGAUUCUAAGAAGAAUGACCCCAGUUCGAGUGAAGCCAUUAUGGAAGAUGCCGAUCAGGCUCCGCGGUCACCAGGAAGGCCCCGAAAGAGAUUCUCUGGUCCCUCUCCGCUAUACAUACUCAAACCUCUACGGCCGGGUGAGAAGCGGAAGCGAGGACGCCCAAGUUUUGCCGAUUAUGUCCUCGCAUCAAGCCUUAGUCUGUCGCAAGCAAGCGGAGAAACAAAGAAGAGAGACCCUAAGUCUCCGACAGAGAAAGGAACUGCCUCCAAAUUGACGGGUGCAACUCAGUCACUUCGACGAAGGAAAGCUACGUCCUCUCCUGGCAAAACAGCCAGUCCUUCUCCUGCUAUUGCGAAGAAAGAGAGGACACAUAAGCCUUUCCGUCGCGUGGCCCGAUGGUCCGAAGCGUCAAGGAUCGGCGAUUUCAACAAAACUGCGUCCACCAAUCCCACUUCUGUUGUACAAACAUCGUCCGGAGAUCAAUCCAACAACGGACAACCGAAGAAAGGCGCACCGGGUCCAUUAAAGAGACCUCGUGGAAGGCCUCGCAAGGAUGGGUCCUGGCCAGUUCCCCGAGUCCGCAAGCCAGAGGCCGCAACCAAGCCGGCUGCCGCAGUUCCUCAGAAGUCGACCAUAAAGGCUGACGCUGACGGUAAAGUGCAAGGAACGCAGGAAAAUGAAGGGAAACGUGUAACGCCUGUGCCAUCAGACAGUCCUGCAGCAGCAGCAAAUGAGAGGUCAGGUAAAGUGGCAUCCGGACAAGCACGUGAGGCUCCAUCCGCUCUUCCGACGACGUCAAAUGGUUCAUCGGCGUUUGUAAACCCACCUGACCCAUCAGCUGAGAAUGACGGCGCAACGAAUAACGUUGCCGAUGAUGCCGCUGCGUCGAGAAACACCAAUACUACUUCAAUGCCGGAGCCAUUGGAGGUUCCAGCGCAGCAGAAGCAGGUUUCACCUGCUGAAGACGGCCUUGUCCAGGAGUCCGUGGACAACGCAGUCCCAUCGAAAGUAGUGGACGGCAGAGAUAUUCAUAUGCAUGACCUAACGGACAAAGACGUUGCAAAAUCGGCAGCAGUGCAUGACCAACUAUCGCAGGGAGGCGUAUUUGAACAGAUCAUGGAUGGAUCGGAUCUCGUCGACAAGGAUAGGCAAGGUGAGAUGUCCAAUUCCUUAUCUGGCAGGGAUGUUGCUCGAAUGAGCCCAGAUGUCGCCUUUCCACAAUCGGAGAACAUGCGAGAUUCGGCUGAGAUUGACAUCCCUCUGACUGUUCCGCCUCGCCCUGAGGCAGUACCGAACCUUCAAGGUGCUGGAAGUGAUAUCAUGUCCUCUUCCCAGAGCGGCGAAAAGCUCAUGCAGCAAGCAGCCGCUUUUGGGAUCACUCCGCUGAAUAUAGUCCCGUCGGUCUCAGGUCCUUUGGACUCGAACAUGCUGUCGAUGGGAGUAGCCGGUGUUCCAGGGCGGUUGGACGGAGAUGCAGUCAAGGAUGUGGAUAUAACUCUGGACGAGGGGGACGCAAAGAAACCUUUUAAGAGGCCUCGUGGUCGACCGCGGAAGGACGGAUCAUGGCCUGUCGCACGUGCCAAAACCAUGAACGAGGAGGCGGUGGAGAGAGUGAAAGAUAUUGGUGAUGCUUCCCUGACUUUUCCGGAGGGUCCAUCCGGGACUGUGUAAGACGCCCCGCUGUGUCGUCCAGAAUGUCAUGCACAAUUCUUUUGUUGUAGUAUUUCUGUCUCCUGGGACAGACUCCCCCUAAACGAAAUUGUCUUGCGCCAUGAUUGUUGCUAUUUGGCAAAUGCCGAGGCCAAGACCCUCCCUUCUCAGAGCCGAAAAAGAGUCAUGGGAAUGCUCGGAACGCUUUCCCACUUGAUUUAUCGUACACCCCCGGCCCUUGGAUGGAGGAGGAGAGUUAUGUACAGUACAGUAAUUAAAAACAUUGCCUCUGACAGGCAAGGCG